UAAGCAAUGCAGAAUAUCUCCCAGCUUGGUUUGUGUUGCAUUUUUGACCCCUUUGGAGACUGCAGUUAUAGGCUUGGUUACUCUAUCAGUCUCCAUGCCUCAGUAAAUAAAAGUAAUAUUCAGUCAGGGGCUGCAUUUGCUCACUGGCUUAUGCAGAAGUAUAGCAACAUUUCAAGCUUCACAAAAGAACCAGCAUAAACCAUUCAGUGGAGGACAAUGGAGCUCUGCAAAGAUACAUCUGUGAAAAUGAAUGAUGGGCACAGAAUUCCUGUGGUCGGAUUUGGUACCUAUGCCCCCGAUACAGUUCCAAAAAGUAAGUGUGAGGAGGCUGUAAAGGUGGCCAUUGAAGUUGGCUACCGCCAUAUAGAUGGAGCCUAUUUCUAUGAGAAUGAGGAAGAGGUUGGGCGAGCCAUUCGAGAGAAGAUUGCAGAUGGAACGGUCAAAAGAGAGGACAUAUUUUACACAGGAAAGCUUUGGAGCACCUUUAACGCUCCUGAGAUGGUCCAAUCAGCCCUGAAAAAGUCACUGAAGAGCCUGCAGUUUGACUACAUUGAUCUCUAUAUUAUUCAUACACCCCUAUCUUUAAAGCCUGGAGAUGAUUUAUGCCCGGUGGAUGAAAAUGGAAAAUUGAUUUUUGAUAACGUAGACCUUUGUGCCACAUGGGAGGCCAUGGAGGCAUGUAAAGAUGCAGGCUUGGUGAAGUCCAUUGGAGUGUCCAACUUCAACCGCAGACAGCUGGAGAUGAUCCUGAACAAACCUGGACUCAAGUACAAACCUGUCUGCAACCAGGUUGAAUGUCAUCCUUACCUCAACCAAAGAAAAUUGCUGGAGUUCUGCAAAUCCAAAAAUAUUGUGCUGGUGGCUUUUAGUGCCUUGGGAUCUCACAGAGAGGAGAGAUGGGUGGAUCAAAGCACUCCACUUCUGCUAGAGGAUCCAGUACUGAACGCUCUGGCCAAAAAAUACAGCCGAAGCCCAGCUCUAGUAGCCCUGCGCUACCAGCUGCAGCGUGGUGUCGUGGUCCUUGCCAAGAGCUUCACCAGAAAGCGUAUUGAAGACAACUUCAAGGUGUUUGACUUCCAGUUGACAGAGGAGGACAUGAAAGCCAUUGAUAGCCUGAACCAAAACCUUCGCUAUGACCUGUGUCAACAAUUUUUGGACCAUCCUGACCCUCACAACAAAGAUGUCCCAGUAUCUGUCAAACUAAAUGAAGAGGAAAUAGAAGCUCUGAGCUCCAUUUAGAGACAUGUUUAGCAUAUUUCAUUUGACUCCAUCAUAGUAAUAAAAGCUCUCACUACACCCA